UACAAGUUUCACUUCCACGCACGCUGACACAACAACAUCAAGGGUUCAUUCACUGUUCCUUCCUUCCUUCCUUCAUUGCCGGAAGCCCUGUUUCGAUCUCCGGCCGGUCAGCUCGCUCGGGGUCUCAUCCAUCCUCAUAAUUGCUUGCCUGCCAUGCCCACGGUAGGUGUGCCUCGCGAGGCCUUGUUCCAGGCCCUGGGUCAACGCUACACGGAGGAAGCCUUCGACGAGCUGUGCUUCGAGUUUGGGCUGGAAUUGGAUGAAGUGGUGCGCGAAGUGGACGACGCCACCGGCCUCGAGGUCGUCACCUACAAGAUCGAGAUUGGGGCUAAUCGCUACGAUCUUUUGUGCUUGGAAGGCUUGGUCCGUAACCUGCUCAUCUUUCAGGGCCAGUUAGCCCUGCCCCGUUAUCAAGCCUUAAAGCCGACCCAAGGACAACCGCAAAAGUUGAUCAUCGAUGGGUCGACUCAAUCGAUUCGGCCCUUCUGCGUGGCGGCCACCUUACGCAACGUCACCUUCACCCAGACCAAUUACGAUAGUUUCAUCGACUUGCAAGAUAAGUUGCACCAGAAUUUGGCUCGCAAGCGCUCCUUGGUGGCUAUUGGCACGCAUGACCUGGACACGAUUAAGGGACCCUUCCGAUACCAAGCCCAAGCCCCCCAGGAUAUCAAGUUCGUGCCGCUCAAUCAGACCCGCGUCUACAAUGCGGCUGAGCUCAUGGAGUUGUACUCGACCGAUAGCCAUUUGAAGCAAUAUUUGCCCCUCAUUCGAGAUAGUCCGGUGUACCCGGUGAUCUAUGACGCCAAUGGCGUGGUCCUGUCCAUGCCUCCCAUCAUUAAUGGCAAUCAUUCCAAGCUCACCUUGAAAACGAAGAACGUGUUUAUCGAAUGCACCGGCACGGAUCUGACCAAAACAAAGAUCGUGCUGGACACCAUUGUCAGCUUGUUCAGCCAAUAUUGCAGCCAGCCUUUCGCCAUUGAGGCCGCUGAAGUGGUAGAUGUCCAAGGCCAAGCUACACUCUACCCUACACUGGAAUAUAGAAAAGAAAUUAUCGAGCGGACCAAGGUUAACGGAUUGGUGGGCGUCGAGUUUACAAGCGCCGAAAUCGCUAAACUUUUGAACAAGAUGUGCCUCAAGAGCCAAGCCCUCAAUGAGGAUAAGAUUUCGGUCGAGAUCCCACCUACCCGCCAUGACGUGCUUCAUGCUUGCGACAUUUACGAGGACGUGGCCAUCGCUUAUGGCUAUAACAACAUCGUGAAAACCAUUCCCAAGGCCAUGACCAUUGCUCAGCAAUUGCCCAUCAACAAGUUGACGGAUCAAUUGCGAGAACAGGUAGCUCAAUCGGGAUUCACUGAGGCGCUCACCUUCAGUUUGUGCUCACGUGAUGAUGUUUCCACCAAAUUGAGAAAAGACAUCAAGGACAUUCCGGCCGUUCAUAUCUCGAACCCGAAAACCUUGGAAUUUCAAGUGGUCCGUACCACGCUUCUCUCGGGACUCUUAAAGACCAUCUCGGCCAAUAAGAACCUGCCUUUGCCUCUGAAGCUAUUCGAAAUCUCGGAUGUGGUGGUGAAAGAUGGGUCCAAAGAUGUCGGGGCCAGAAAUCAGAGGAAGCUCUGUGCCGUCAACUACAACAAGAGUCCGGGGUUCGAGAGUGUUCAUGGAUUACUAGACCGAGUGAUGCAAUUGUUGGAGGUUCCGCCCGUUCAGGACAAGAGCCAAUCCUCGGCCGGCUACUUCAUUCGAGGAGUCGACGAUCCCACCUUUUUCCCCGGUCGAUGUGCCGAGAUCGUGGCGUACGGAGUCAGUGUGGGUAAAGUGGGAGUGCUUCAUCCCGAGACCAUCGGUAAAUUCGAUCUGGGCUUGCCUUGUGCCGCGCUUGAGAUCAACAUUGAACCCUUCUUGUAACUGAUGAUGCCCCAAUUUGAAAUAUUAAGGCAAUUGAAAUUGUUCAAUCAA